UUUAUUUUGUCUUCAAUAAACCAAUUCGGAUAAAUAACAUGUCAUCAAACAAAAUAAUUGUCACCGAAUGAGAAAAACUUCGAAGGAUUUCGCUCCGUGUAUACAAAAAGUGUGAACCGACCUGAAGAAAACUGAAACCGUACUGUUGUCAUCCGCAAGAAAACUGGGCAAGGAAGAAAAAGCAUCAAGAAAACACCAGCACCGGCUCAACUUCACACACUUCCGUGGACUUGUCAUUCGGCAAAGAAAAAGUGCGGGAUUGAUUUGGUGUGCCUCGUCGUCGCGAUUUCGCCAAGCAAAAAGCCCGUGAAACGACCAAAAACGGAAAACGCACAAAAAAGAGAGACGAACUCGUCCUAACAACUCCGCUGCAUUUGCUUCUCGUGUCAGGAGCGUAGAAAUAAAACCGAGAACGGCUGUGUGCCAAGUCGUGCUGCUGCUCCGUGUCGAAAACAGCCUGCAAAGGUUUCCCAAGCCGUUGGGAAGACGGUCACGAAGACUUUGGCUAGUUUGGGAACCCGCAGAGGUGAGUUAACAACACCAAAUUGCACUCGAGCAAAAUAUAAUAAAACACCUCUACCACACUCAAUAGUUGGAGACGAAAGCACGGAAAAUAACCAACAAACGAGCACCCGGAGGAAAGAAAAAGUGCCAAGUAAUCCCGGCAACUGAACCGGCAAACGGAAGGGAAAAAGUUCCCGAGAGCCCCUUCACAAAAGGGGCUCUCUUUUUCCCCUUCUUUUCUUCCUCUUUUUCUCCCAGGAGUUGGUCAACGGUGUGCGAGCGGACAACAGUACGCGUGCGGAAACAAACGGGAACCGAAGAGCAUCAGAAAGCAGUUCGACAGUGGUCGAUGGUCAUCAAGGAAUCGCAGGACUUCCGGAGAAGCCGGAAUUCAUCGCUACAAGGUACCAGACGGAGAUUCGACAGUGGUCGAGGAGUUCGAGGGAACCGGAAACAGAUUCCGGAAGAAUCCGGAUUGCACGGAGGAGAAUUUCACCAGAAAAGUGCUCGACAGUGGUCGAGAGUAUCAGAGGAACGGUUCGUGGUUUUCCGAAACAAUCCGGGUAAAAGCUGCACGGAAUCGAAGCCGACGGCUGCCGGUGGAGAACGAUUCGGCCUUGACGCAGGCCAGAGAAUCGUCGUCGACCGAAGAAGGCAAUCUGCCGCAACCGCAAGUAUGCUGUCAGGACAUCCAAAUGCGAAUUGUUGCUGCGUUCGCCACCCGAGCGGUUUCUGCGAUUUCUGGGUCAAUGAUGACCGACCAAUUGAUCGUCAUUCUUGGGACGAAUCGAGUCCGGAACAUCCAGUGAAAUGCACGUAAGUCAGCUGUUUAUCCAUUGAUUUCACACACCAUAAAUAAUCAAAUGUAUGAGCCUGAGGGCAAAAUAAAAAGGAUGGCUUGACCAUCAAUAAUUUGUUUGAGAAAUGUAAUGACAUGUUUAAAUUUAUUGCUUUUGCUUAGAACAACCUGAGCUAGCCUGGCAAAGAGGAAGAAACAACU